UAUAGGAUGGACUAUUUCCACUAUCCAAAUCGCCAGCGCUGCCUGCGUCCGAUCCUCUCGUCGUGAUGGAUUCCUCCGAGGUCGAGACUGCCGAGAAGCCCUCCGGCACGGCGGAGCACCCCUGCGUGGCGCGGCUCCGGCACCGGCGGCUCCUCGCCUUCCUCCGGGACCAAGGCUUCCACGGCGCCUACGCCGAGGUGACGCGGCAGACGGGCGUGCACAUGAGCCUGCGCCACCUGCGCGGCCUCGUGGAGCGGGGCCGCUGGGCGGACGCCGUCGCCUACCUGGAGCUCCACCUGCCGCCGCCGCCCCGCCAGCGGAGCUCCAACGCCGACCUCCUCCGCGCCUUCCUCGUCACGCACCGCCGCUUCGCCGACGCCGUCGCCGGCCACGUCGACCUGACCGCCCUCCCCGGCUCCUACUUCGAGCUGUGCCAUAGCCGAGACGUCGGCCACGGCGAGCUGAGGCUCCGCGCCAUCACCUUCCUCGUGCUCGGCUUCCCCCACAUCAGGUACGCACCUCAUCGACCGACCGGCCGGCCGGUGCACGUACGUCCUAGGCAUCCUCAAACAACAUUCGUUCACAACAUUCAUAACCGCACGCGCGCGCGCGCAGGGCCGACAUGA